AAACGUAAAGAGCUGAGCGCAGAAGAGGGGGAGGCGAAACGGAACAAGUUUCUAGAAAGAAACCGUGUUGCCGCAACCAAGUGUCGGCAAAAGAAGAAGGAAUGGAUGUCAGACUUGGAGGACACGAGGUUCGGGCUGGAAAGUCAAAACUCGCACUUGCAAAUGGAGUACAACAGCUUGGCCGAGGAAGUCAGCCAGAUCAGGGCCGAACUCAUGGCCCACGGCAACUGCAAUGACCCCAACAUCAACAAAUGGAUCGAGAAUGAAGCGAAACGUUACGUA